CACAGUCACACACAUAAUAGUGCACAUGUCCUACUUCUUUCUCCCUCUGAAUAUCGAUCUGUGUGCAUUUGAAGGACACCACCAACUUCUCAUUUCUGAAGCACUCUUUGAAUUGAACUGAUUCUAAUUCUAUACAAUGAGCUGUUUUUGCUUGAUGAAAGGCAAACCAAAAACUAAGCAAGAACAAUCCUCCAUUCUUGCCUUGGAGACAUCAUUUACUGUGAAUGAGGUUGAGGCUUUACUUGACUUGUUUAAGAAACUAAGUAGUUCAAUUAUUGAUGAUGGCUGCAUUCACAAGGAGGAGUUCCAACUCGCACUUUUCAGAAAUAAGAGCAAGCAGAAUCUACUUGCAAGCAGGGUAUUUGAUAUGUUUGAUAUUAAGCGUAACGGAGUAAUUGAAUUUGGAGAAUUUGUUCGCUCACUAAGCAUUUUUCAUCCAAAGACAUCUGAAGAGAAGAAAAUUGAAUUUGCAUUUAAACUGUUUGACCUUGGGAAGACCGGAUACAUUGAGCAUAGCGAGUUGAAGGAGAUGGUCUUGGCUACUUUGACUGAAUCAGAAGUUACAGUUACAGAAGAUAUUGUUGAAUCCAUUGUGGAAAAGACAAUGGAGGAGGUUGACUCAAAAGGAGAUGGGAAGAUUGAUAUGGAAGAGUGGAAAGAGUAUGCAGCAAAGAAUCCUUCUCUUCUUAAGAUCAUGACUCUGCCAUAUCUAAAGGAUAUAACUAUGGCCUUUCCCAGUUUUGUUUUGCACACCGAGGUGGAAGAUUAGCAACAAACAAUUGAAGAUCAAUGCACUAGAAGGAUUAAAAUUUGCAGCUAUAGAAUAGAAUGCAUUGUAAUUGUAUAUAAUGAGUUGAAAGCAAAAUCAACCACUUCAAUAUGUACGCUUGCUUAGGCUUAGGCAAUUAUAAGUUGCCUUUGCCUACCUAACAUUAAUGGAUUCACUUAAUUGUAUGCAUGAUAUAUAUGUACUGAACCCAGUUAAGAAAAGUUGAAAUGCCAAUGAAUGAACAAAAGAACUACAUAAAUAUAAAAAAAAAAA